AUGGAGUUCGACGAAUUACAUGAGUAUGCGAGCUUCCGAUCUUUCCCGGGCUACUCGCGCCGGAUUCGAGGGACUCGUCUCCAACGAAUUCCGGCGACGCCAAGGCUGCUUAUUGGCUUCACCACUGGAACCUCUCUCAGCAGCAUCGACCCUUCCGCAGACUCUUCAGCCUCCGACACUCCAAACGUCGAUUACAGCAACCCGACCACAGCGACAUCCUCCUCGACCGGCAUAACGCCGGACUCUGCUCCCGACACCACCUCCCCCGUCGACAACAACAACAACAACUUAAUGUGCUGGCACAACAGUUCCCUGCACGGAAUGGGAAUCGCCUUGGGAGUCUUCCAAUCUUGUCGCCAAGGGACUCCGAAUUUCGGAGGACUGCCAUCGGUGGUUUCCAGGUGCGACCAUGUCGCCGUUAUCGAACUUCCGGGAGCUUCAGUUGCUGGCGUCAGAAUCUUACUCGUUCACGAAUUCGUUAAUGGCGACCCGAAUUUGAGCGCGGUAGAUCUCUUGAGGAGGUCGAUGACGACGGAUCCCAAUUUCACCGCUCUUUCUACUUGGAUUUCCCGAUUGAACAUCGCCGCCGAUGUGGCGCGAGGGCUCGACCACAUCCACAACACCAACGGACUUCGCUCCAUCCUCCUCGGCUCCGAAACUGUUAAAUCCAGUAGCAUCAUCGUCUCCGUGGGCGGCGAAUUAACGGGCGAGUUUGGAGAUCGCCCGAAUCAGUUAGGUAUCUCGCCAAUCGAUGGAAUUAGGUCGUCGUCAAUGAACCACGACGAAGCAAUCGCAGCGGUGGCGGAGACGAACCAAAGAUCCGACGUGUACGCAUACGGCGGUUUGAUACUGGAGCUGAUGUCGGGGGAAGCGCCAAGGGCGGCGGUGAUUGAGGUGGCGAGAGCGGUGGUGGACGGGAGAGUGCUCAAGUGGAUGUGGAAGGACAGGCGGAUGGAAGACUGGUUCCCGGAUAAGUUAGUCGAGAAGCUGCUGCAGAUCGCGGUGAAUUGUCUGGAGGAGGACCCUGGGAAGCGACCGUCAAUUGCCGCCGUCGCUGGGAACAUUUACAGGUUGUGCUUGGAAUCGAGGGAAUGGAGUAACGGAAGUGGAGAUUUGUGGCAGGGCCUGCACCAGCGGCCGGUGGUUCCGGGCGUUUCUUUGGCGGCGAUGCGGGACAUCCACGGGCUUAUCUAUUGA